UUUGUGACAGUCUGUUCUCUGUUGUAAAGUAAUUACUUUAUUAUGUACUUAAAAUUUUAGGUUAAGUUACUACUUGAGUUAAAAUUUUACAAAUUUCAAAAUGCUGAGGGCUGUAUUAAUUGAUUUGAGUGGCACUUUACAUAUUGAUAAUCAAGCAAUUCCUGGUUGUAUAGAAGCACUCAAUAGGUAACAUCUCUACGUUCCGAGAGGGAAAAAUAAAACCGGCGAACAUUUUUAGGUUGCUGAGUUCAAACCUUUACGUAAAAUUUGUAACAAAUACAACGAAAGAAAGCAGGAGAAUUUUAUUCGAAAGAUUAACCCAACUCGGAUUUAAAGUUAAUAAAGACGAUAUCAUCAGUUCACUAGGCGCUGCAAGAAAUUUGGUUGCAGAUAGGAAUCUCAAACCAAUGUUAAUGCUUUCUCCUGAAGCUAUGGAAGACUUCCAAGGUCUAGAGUGCCCUAAAGGCGAAAAACCAACUGCUGUAUUGAUAGGUCUAGCACCUACAGAGUUCCACUAUGAUAGACUAAAUGAGGCCUUCAGGUAUAUAGAGAACAUUUCUGUAAAUCCAAAAAGUAGCUGUUGCUAUUCUAACUAACUGAAGAUUGUAAAACCUACUCUCUCAGAUGCAUUUGUUGCAUGUGCUACAAUCCUCAUCUCGUAAACCAUCCCAGAUACUUACAGGAUGGAGCUCAACUAAUUGCAAUUCAUGCUGGGAAAUAUUAUAAAAGGUCUGAUGGUUUAGCAUUAGGUCCAGGGUGUUUUGUUAAAGGACUCGAAUAUUCUGCCCAAUGCACCGCAGAAUUAGUUGGAAAACCUAAUAAAACAUUUUUUCUGUCUGCAUUGGGUAACAUCCCACCUGAGGAUGCAGUAAUGAUUGGAGAUGACGUGACAGAUGAUAUACAAGGUGCCAUGAAUGCUGGUUUGAAAGCAUUUCUAGUUCAAACUGGCAAAUACAAACCAGGUGAUGAAAAUAAGAUAAACCCUCCUCCAACAGCAGUUGUACCAAGUUUUGUAGAGGCUGUAGAUAAAUUAAUCUCUGAUAAUAAAUAAAUGUGAUAUAUUUAUUUUUAAUAAGUCAAUAACAAUAGAGUGUAUAUAUAAAAAAUAUGUAAACAUUAUAUAGACAAUAAAGGAUUAAAGACUGAG